AUGCAGGAUCUCGAUACCAAGGAACUCAUUCUUGUCGCCGAAUGUUUCGACGACCUUGUCCAGGCGAAGAUAGGUCCAACCCAAGCCCACCUUGACACCAGGUGGGAGAAGGCGGCAAACGACAAGGAGAAGCUUCUGCAAUUAUGCAUUGCUUUCUACAAGAAAACGAUCUCUCGCAACAAACGUCACCUGCUCAAGAGUAUAGAUGGUUUCAUCGAGAUCACGAAAGAUCACGAGAAACCUGGAGAAGUCAAGAAGAAGAAGAUCGUUCAACUUUUCAGAGAUAUCGAAAAAGAAAGGGGACAAGGUGGUGUGUUCUGGAAGAACUACCAGGACGAUCGAGAAGCGGAGCAGGAUGAGGAGAGUUCUAUUCCGCCAUCUGAUAUCUCCCUCCUAGCCAAGAGCGUAUAUACAGGCAGGGAAGAUGGCCACAGCUGGGGAGAAAAGGCGAGGAAAUUGGAGUCUUCAAUGAUACUACAGACUACCUAUCUGCUUAUCACGAUGUCGGGUUCGAUCGAUACCAUUCAAACCUACGAGCCCAGCAUUCUGAAAGCCUUUUCGAUCAUCGUGACCCAUGAACCGGAUGAUGCUGAGCGAACGGGAUGGUACAGCAUCGUGGACAGUUAUGAGGCUCGUUGCGAGAGAUCCUCAGAGGAAGAUCAGCAAAUCCUAAUGAAAAGUUUACACGAGGCCCUGCAAAGCACUUAUGCGGGUACUUGUAAUACGAGGCAGUCACGUCACCCCAUAGAAGAAUACACUCUCGCUCGAUUCGACGGGAACAUGACCGAUGCGGACAUCAGGCGCAAGAUUCACGAAAUCCAACAUUGGUACUCCUUCACGAUUGGCGACGAUUGGGAAGAAUGCAAGGCCGGAUCUGAAAAUUGCCUGUUCCGAGUGAACCCUGAUUACAACUUUAGACAAGUCUUGAGCCACAUGGCCAGCCUACAUCGAGACAAAGGUCGGAAUGAGCAAGGCAAAUUCUGGCAGGGCUGGGAAGAGUACCUCCGUGACAAAGAGGCGAAGCGGGCGUCGUCGUGGGAGAACUGGAAACAGAUCAACGAACACCAGUCAUACGCAGGGCGCGAAGACCGUUCUUUCAAAGCUUUCGAGCGCGAGAUGCUGCGGGCGCUUGACGAAGACAAGAUUCAUGUGGUCCACCUAUGGUACGAGAAGACAAUCGGGUAUGAAUGGGAUGAUAGCAGGGCCGGGUUCAUGAAUAUGCUCGCCGGUGUUUUCAGUUCGGACGAGCGAGGCAGACUGUCAGAUGUGGCCCACCUCUUUUACGGACUGCACCUGUUGAACCCUAAUCAGAAGGAUGAAGGCAGCUUCUGGGAGAGCUGUACCCGCCGGGAGCAGGUCCCCGAUCCUGCAAACACCGAAGAGUCGAACCGGGAGUCCGAAGAUCGUCAAGCCGACUAA